ACAACAAGUGUGUCAACAACAACUGAACGAAGCUCUGAGAGUUUUAUCUUCCAAACUGCGUUGAGAUAAACAGCGUUUGAAAACUUGGAUAUCCGUUAUUAACUUCCGAGGAUUGGCAGCGACGUUUUGACUUUUGAAGUUGACUUUUCUUUUUCAGCUGAAGACGUGAUACUUCAGCAAUCCAUUGACACUUGACGAUCAGCGCUUCUCCUUUGGAUAACUUCAGUUUUUUUCUAUCAAGUGCUCCGUGCACCCGUUUCUUUCUUGUAGAGGAAAUAUGACCGCAUUAGCGGGGGGCAUUUCCAGGAUGAUGCGCCCCACGCCACCCCAAAACUACCCGAGAGGAGGCUAUUCCUUGGAGGUCUCAACGCCGUUAGGUCAGGGCCGAGUGAACCAGCUCGGUGGAGUCUUUAUAAACGGACGCCCUCUGCCAAAUCACAUCCGCCACAAGAUAGUAGAGAUGGCCCAUCACGGGAUACGGCCGUGCGUCAUCUCCCGACAGCUGCGGGUGUCGCACGGAUGCGUGUCCAAAAUUCUAUGCAGGUACCAGGAAACCGGAUCCAUUCGGCCCGGUGCUAUUGGUGGCAGCAAACCCAAGCAGAGCACAACUCCCGAUGUGGAAAAGAAAAUCGAAGAAUACAAGAGAGAGAAUCCAGGGAUGUUCAGCUGGGAGAUUCGGGAUAAACUUCUGAAAGAUGGAAUCUGCGAUCGAAAUAACGUGCCCUCAGUGAGUUCCAUCAGCCGCAUGCUGCGCUGUAAAUUUGGUGGAAACGGAGAUGAAGAUGAGGAUGAUGAUGAAGUGGAAAAAAGGGAGAUCGAGGAAAACGAAAGAAGAGCCAAACACAGCAUCGACGGAAUUCUUGGCGACAGAUCAAGCCACUCAGACGAGGGCUCAGAUGUGGACUCAGAACCGGGUUUGCCAUUAAAGAGGAAACAGCGGCGCAGUCGGACCACGUUCACGGCCGAGCAGCUGGAGGAGCUGGAGAGAGCUUUCGAACGCACCCAUUACCCUGAUAUUUACACCAGAGAAGAGCUCGCUCAGAGAGCUAAACUCACCGAGGCACGAGUACAGGUAUGGUUUAGUAAUAGAAGAGCUCGCUGGAGGAAGCAGGCAGGAGCCAAUCAGCUCAUGGCGUUUAAUCACCUGAUACCUGGUGGUUUCCCGCCCUCUGCGAUGUCGAGUCUUCAGCCUUAUCAGCUGGCGGAUAGUCCUUACCCUCCCUCAUCGAUCUCACAAGUGUCGGAGCAGCCCAGCACCGUGCACAGGCCUCAGCCUCUUCCCCCCACCUCAGUGCAUCAGACUGGGCUUGGCAGCGGACCGGGGGCCCAGGAGGGGAGUUCGGCCUACUGCCUCUCCUCUGGACGUCAUGGCUUCUCUGGUUACUCGGACGGCUAUGUGGCCGCGCCAGGCCAUGCAAACCCAGUGAACCCCACCAUUAGCAACGGCCUCCCAUCACAGGUGAUGGGACUGUUGAAUCCAGGUGGAGUGCCGCACCAGCCGCAGAGUGAUUUCGCCCUCUCUCCGUUGACGGGCGGUUUGGAGCCCAGCACAGGCAUGGCUCCCAGCUGCCACUCCUCUCAGAGACUGGAGGCUCUGCCAGGUCUUCCCAGCAUGCCAGCUCUGCCCAGCUCCCAGUCCUACUGCCCCUCCAGCUACAGUUCACCAGGGUACAGCGUGGACCACGUGGCAUCUUACCAGUACAGCCAGUAUGGACAGAGUAAGGUGCCUUUCAUUAUCUGAAACCCAGCAUCGACUGAAUGAAGACAGACAGGAGAUGAGGAGAUGAAGAGAUCUAUGGAUGGUCUGACCGUAAACUCUUGCACUUGAGCUCUCCUUCACCUCUUGAAUGUUUGACCAAAAUGACCAUCCAUCCUCAAACUCCCGCUCGAGGAGGUCUGCGGAGAAGCCAGCGGUGUUGGCGGUCCUCUCUAACGCCUGUGGGUCCAAAGUGCAACUGAGUUGUUUUUACGAGGGUGAUAUUGUGGGUAGGGAUGGGUGGGAAACAGCCUCUCCGUAUUUCCAUCUCAUUUUGGAGCAGGCAACAGCAUCGCACGUUCUGACGACACUUACCACCUCCUUCCUAAAGAGCGACAAGCCAUGGAACACGAGGAGGACAAAGGGAAAGGACAAAAAAGGACAAAUAAACAACUCAAAGACCGAGACUGUGCUUAUAAACAGCAUGGAAUGGCAGGGAAGAGUGUGGCGCCAUACUCUGAUAUCAGCUGUCCACUGACGGACGCACUUUAGUGGCUGGUUUAUGACACGAGUCGACUCUUUAGUUGAGACACAUUUUGUUGAUAUAUUUAGGAAAUAAGGGCUUGGAAAAGACUGAUGUGCCAACUUUCCUUAUUUCUCAUUUUUAAAUAAGCGAAUAAAUACACAAGAACUUUUUGGCUCACGUUCGGCACGACGCUCUCAGGUCCUCUUCACAGCGAGAAAGAGGGUGACCUAAACGGAAUGCACUCAAGUGUCCGAUGGCAUUUCACAGACUCAGUAGUGCAGAUAGACUAUGUGACACAGACCCCUUUAUUACCAGUCAUCUGAGCACACACAAAAUACCUUUUUAUGAGACAGAAGUGAUGUUCAGAAUGGAAUACUAUUGUACUGCUUAUUGCAUACUGUAUCUUACAGUAAAUGAAAAAUAUUUCAAAGUAGUAUGCUACCUUGCAAAUGCUGUUGCAUUUAGUGUAAAAACAUCUUUGAUGUGGCAGAUGACGUGUCAAGUAUACAGUGGAAUGGGAAAGUCACGUCAAAUGCAUUGCAAUGUGGUAUAUAAUAUUGAGUAGAAGGAUAGUGUAGUUAGUUUUGCAUGCAGAAAAAUUGCACAGGAUAUACAUAGUGCAUACUUAAACAUUAGUAGUAUGAUAGUAUGCUAUUCUGAACAUUCAGAGAGACCCCCGCCACAAAACGAACCCAAGGAAAGUGCAAUACACACUCAAUACCUCAUAAACACUCAUCUGUUCUUACUCGCUCACGAAUAUCAUCUGUUCUUAAACUCUGAUUGUUUUCCAUGCAAAGAAAAGAUUCCAGAUGAUGCAGCGUUUCAUAACAUGGAUGGAUGUCACCUUUGUUUUUACUCUGCAGUUUGGAGAAGAUCUUUGUUCUCUGUAACACAAUGUUCAUGUCUUAUUUUUUACCUUGUUGUUUUUUAUAUUUUUUUUUUUUGGUUCUCGACUGCAUAUAAUUGUUGAAGGAUAAUGUGUAAA